AUGAUUGAAGUGAAAGUUAUUCGCGGCAAAUGCGUUAAGGCGUUAAGGAGAGGACGUGAAUUCGGCUCUACGGCGCGGCAGAGGCGGCCCAGUUGGCCGAGCGAGCUGAGGGACGUGGUUGGUACCCGCUCUCGUUGCAACUCCAUUAUUAACGGCGAUAAUACGGCGAUCGGUGAGCAGCGGGUCGCGCCGGAUUCGAACGCGGGCCGCGACAGCUUUCACUGCCCCUCACAUAGGCCACGCGAAGCAGAGGUCCCAUUC